AUGGAUUCUGAUGCAACUGAAAGAUUUGUACCUGAAUAUCGUCGUACUAAUUUUAAAAAUAAAUCACGUUUCCAAAGUGAUGAAUUAAGAAGAAGAAGAGAAAAUCAUCAAGUUGAUUUAAGAAAACAAAAAAGAGAAGAAGUAUUAGCCAAGAGAAGAAAUUUCCAACAUGAUACUAAUGAUUCAGAAGAUGAAGAAGAAUUUAAUUCAAAUGUAAAUAAUGAUGAGAAUCAAUUUUAUAAUAGAUUAAGACAAGAUUUACCUAAAAUGAUUGAAAUGAUUCAAGCUCAAGAUUUUGAUUCUCAAUUAGCUGCAACGGUUAAAUUUCGUCAAAUUUUAUCAAGAGAACAUAAUCCUCCAAUUGAUUUAGUUAUACAAUCAGGAGUUAUACCAACUUUAGUUGAAUUUAUGAAAGAUGAUCAUCCAGAUAUGUUACAAUUAGAAGCAGCUUGGGCUUUAACAAAUAUUGCUUCAGGUAGUUCAACUCAAACCAGAAUUGUUGUUGAAGCUAAUGCCGUACCAUUAUUUGUUAAUUUAUUGUAUUCUCAAAGUUUAGAAGUUAAAGAACAAGCUAUAUGGGCUUUAGGUAAUGUUGCUGGUGAUUCUGCUGAUAAUAGAGAUUACGUUUUAAGUUGUGGAGCAAUGGAACCAGUUUUGAAUUUAUUUAAUUGUACUAAAAUGUCAUUAAUUAGAACUGCUACAUGGACAUUAUCAAAUUUAUGUAGAGGAAAAUCUCCUCAACCUGAUUGGAAUAUUGUUUCUCAAGCUAUUCCAACUUUAGCUAAAUUAAUUUACUCCGUUGAUUCAGAAACUUUAGUGGAUGCAUGUUGGGCAGUUUCUUAUUUAUCCGAUGGUACUUCUGAAGCUAUUCAAGCUGUUGUUGAUGCAAGAAUACCUCACAGACUUGUGGAAUUAUUAAAUCAUGAAUCUACAUUAGUUCAAACACCUAGUUUAAGAGCUAUUGGUAAUAUAGUUACAGGAUCAGAUUUACAAACUCAAAUUGUUAUAAAUGCAGGAGUAUUAACUGCUUUAGCUCCGUUAUUAAAUUCUCCAAAAGAUACUAUAAGAAAAGAAGCAUGUUGGACCAUAUCAAAUAUAACCGCUGGUACCUCAGAUCAAAUUCAAGCGGUUAUAGAUGCAAAUUUAAUUCCACUGGUUAUAAGAUUAUUAAUUCAUGGAGAUUAUAAAACCAAAAAAGAAGCUUGUUGGGCAAUAUCAAAUGCAUCAUCGGGUGGAUUAACAAGACCAGAACAAAUAAGAUAUUUAGUUAGUCAAGGUUGUAUUAAACCAUUAUGUGAUUUAUUAUCAGUAGCAGAUUCUAAAAUAAUUGAAGUUACAUUAGAUUCAUUAGAAAAUAUUUUAAAAAUGGGAGAAAUGGAUAAAGAAGCUAAUAACACUACAGUAAAUGAAAAUGCUUUGUAUAUUGAAGAAGCUGGUGGUAUGGAAAAAAUAUUUGAAUGUCAAAAUAAUGAAAAUGAAAAAAUUUAUCAUAAAGCUUAUAAUAUUAUUGAAAAAUAUUUUAGUGAUGAUGAAGAUCAACAAAUUGAUGAUGAAAACAUCGUACCUGAGACUUAUGGAAAUUCUUUUGGAUUUGGUAUGAACGAUAAUUCUCAACAACAACAAAAUUUUGAAUUUUAA